CAGCGCUGAGGGGGAGACACACAUUUUCAUGCAGGUCUACAAGUCCUUUCAUUCAUUGCGUGAUAAUAUUUUUAAUUCGCGUGUUUUCCGUUUUGUUUUUAAAUCUGAGUUUUUAUAGAGUGGUCUCUGAGUGAGUAGAUAUGCAGAAGGGAGUGAAGAUGAAGAUGAUAUCUGAUCAGACCACAGAUGAUUUUAUUCCAGGGGACAUAGUGUUUGCUAAGAUGAAGGGUUAUCCUUUCUGGCCUGCCAGGAUUGGUGAAGGAAAACCCCCUAAAAAUAAGAUCCCCAUCUUCUUUUAUGGAACACACUCGACAACGUUCCUGUACCCCAAAGACAUCGUCCCCUACUGGCCAAACAAAGAGAAGUACGGCCGGCCAAUCAAACGGGGCGGCUUCGAGGAGGGCAUGUGGGAGAUCGAGAACAACCCGGGUGUGGGCCUCAGAGGUCAAAAGAAAGCAGCGCUGGUGAAACGACUGUCAGAGAGUCGACCGAAACUGAAAGACAGGAAGACGAAGAAAGCAGAAAAUCAGAGCGAAGCCAAGAACCAGAUCGUAUCCCGUAAGGAUUCAGUGCCGAAGAGCGAUCCAAACGCAGCGAUGCCUCGUAAGAAAGAAACUCCUGUGAAAACCAGCAAAACAAAGUCUGAAUCUGUCGCGCCAGCAGACGAUAAAACAACCGUAACGAGAUCGACGCGCUCCAGAGAUUCGGCGACAAAGACCGUCGCGCCAGACGAGAGACGGACGGAUGAAGUCGCGCCUGCGAGGAGAGUGACGGCAGUGAAGACGGUCGCCAAACGAAGGAGGAUUUUACCAUCCAGAAAGAUUAUUUUAGCGAGACGAGCGGCAGCAGUAAAGACGCUUUCUGCUCGCAGGAAACACGUACUGAACAGAAAGAUCAUUUCAACCGCCAAGAAACGGAUAGACGCUCAUAAUCUCAAGCAGCCCUCGAGGAUCACGCGCUCCACUGCGGAUCUGACCCAGAACACAAACCAAAUCACUGCCACGUCGGUGGAGCCGCCCGCUCUGAAACGGAAACGCUCGCAAACUGAGUCUGACGUGAAGGAAGACGCUCGUGUUCCUCUUCCUGUGACGAACAGCUCCGCCCCCUGCCGCCCAGCAGAUUCAAAGAGGAAACGGCUCCCAGAGGAGCAGAUGCCUGCACCAGAAGAACCGGAGAAGAGCGAGGUCAAGAAGAUAAACGCACAAGACAAGCCUGAACAGACAGAGACGGUGAAUAAACCCAAGCAGGCGAAGAGCGAAGUUCUGAUUGUCUCUGAAAAGCAGGACGAGACAAAAGAGGAGAAGAAAGCGGUAGAUGAAGAGGUGAGAGCGGACGAGAGCGCUGUGGAGAUACGGAGGAGGAGCAGCGGUGUGACGUCUGUCUGUGUCUCUCAGAGGAGCAAGAUCCUGGCCGAGAAGAGGCAGAGCGUGCUGAAGUCGCUGCAGGGAUUGGUGACUUCCACCAGAGGAAAGACACAGACCGGCGCCGAGGAGCUGCAGAAACGGCCCGAGAGGAGCCGCGGGGCCCGGAGCCCCGUCAAACCCACGGCCGAGGAGGAGGAGAAGAAAGAUCCGGAGCAGAACGGAGAACGUGAACGCAGGAGCACCGAACAGCAGAACAACAACAACAGCAGCAGCAGAGAGGAAGAGUGCAAAGCUCACUCUCUGUCCGUCACAGACUCUUUGCUCUACCGGCUACAUGGUGACAUCAGAAUCUCAAUGACGCUCGAAAAUCCAGAUGUCAGCAAGUGUUUAUUGGCUCUGGAUGAGUUGAGCACCGUCCCGGUCUCGUCUCGAAACAUUCAGAACCACAGCGAGCUCAUCGACACGCUCAGAAAGAUGCGAUGGUUUCGUGGCAGUGAGGCAAUCAUGUUUAAAGCGUCCAUGUUAUAUCAUCGCUUUAAAAACAUCUACCUCAUCGGAGACACCGACGAGACUCUGAGUCAAGAGUACAUCGACUCGCUGCAGGAGGAGAGAGAGACAGACACCAGAUCAGCUGUCAGUCCAACGAGCGUCUGCGAAGAGACCCGAGAUACGAAACAAGCGCCUCAAACCACUGAACACGUGCCUCACCGGUAUGACAUCAUCAUAUGCGGACAGGAGCUGACGCGAGGAAACCGCCGCCGUUUUUAUCGUUGUUAUUCUGAAAUCAGAAUCUGAAAUCUUUUUAUCCGCUGUUGGAGAGAGUUUUAUCCGGUCGGCGUUGCAGUUAUUUAUUCACUCUGAUAAGAAGAGCGUUUUGACCAUCCAGUGCGACGACUCGUGAAGUCCCAGGUUCCCCUGAGCUCAUCCAGGAUCUCUACACUAGGUUUUCCUGUCACAGAUGAAUCCCAAUGCCAUGAUGUCAGUGUUUUUGUUCUUCAGUACUUCAGACGGGUGUCGUUCUGCAGAAAACGAGAGAGAGAGAGACACUAAUAAAGGUCAGAAACGGCGAUGUUUCUCAUCAAACGCGCUUUGAUUUCACUCAUCCAGAUCUCUCGUGAAGCCUGAUUUGAUUCUGAUGCUGACUGACCGGAUGCAUUGUCCAGAUUUAUCACAGAGCAUUAAAUCACAUCAGCAGUGAACAUGCAGACUUCAGCUGUGUGUUUUAUAGACACACCAUAGUCACAGUCUGAACUAUUCAAGGGCAAUUUGCCUAAAUAUUGUCUGUAAAUACAGCAGAUCUAGUUAGACGCCUCCCAGACCGAUGUUUGUUCUCUGUUCUGUUUGUAAGAUGAGACCCAAUCAAGUACAUUAAACCCCAGCAUUAAAAUGCUAAAUGUUGUGUUUAUACACAGGGCAGCUACAUUACAUUCACACAGUAACGCUGUGAGUAAAACACUCUUUCACACACACACACACACCAUAUCUGAUCUGAAUCCGGUGCUAAUACAACAGACGCUGUCUUUAAUUAAUACAUUUAGCCGUAAAACGUUGUAGCCAGACGCCCCUAGAUUUGUAUUAUUAAGCACUUGCAUGUGCUUCAUGUGUGGAUAUUACAGUGAAUAUGCAUUAAACUGAUCUUCGGUACACA